AUGGGGAGAGUCUCUGGAGAAGAGGGAGCUUCGCAUGUUCACUGCAGAAAACACCAUCUUCAGGUUAUUGGAUGUGUCAUCGUAUUUUACUUUUCUUUCUUCGUGUUUUUCCUUUCAAGGUAUGCUAGUUUAUAUUUUUGCUGUGCUGUAGAAAAUCAGGACAAUGAGCUCUUGACACUAGAGAUUGUGCAUCGUUAUGUGGAGUUGCUGGACAAAUACUUUGGAAAUGUCUGUGAGCUGGAUAUUAUCUUUAAUUUCGAAAAGGCUUAUUUUAUCCUUGACGAGUUUAUAAUGGGUGGAGAAAUUCAGGAAACGUCCAAAAAAUCUGCUGUCAAAGCCAUUGAAGAUUCUGAUAUGUUACAGGAGACAAUGGAAGAAUAUAUGAACAAGCCUACGUUUUAGCUAUGCAUCUACUUGAAGAGUCCAAGUGCUACACGCUGGGAGCCUAUAAAUUAGCAAAUUCCCGGUGUCCAGUUCUUUGACAGAGCCCCCGGCAUCAUGCCAAAAAUAACCUAAAAGGGAUUCUUUGUUAACUAGCAAAAGGUUGUUUAACAUAAUAUAUUUAUCAUUAUUACAUAUCUGUAUUAUACUGUAUAUACCUACUUAUUGUAGUCUGGAUGUUCAAAUAACUGCUUCGUGACUCAACUGACUGAAUAUUUGUUUUGCAGUGUUUGAACCCGUGUGAUAUUUUUAAGCUAAUUUAAAUAAAUGUGUCGCAAUAUGUU